AUGAAAUUUAAAAUCAGAAUUUUAAUCUUGGCUUAUAUCUUAAGGCAAGCACAAUUUCAAACACCUUCCGCUCUUUGGUAUUUAGACACUCCCACGGGAACAGAUUAUGUGAAGAAUGAAUACAAUGGAGGAUUACCUUAAUGGCAUUUAGAUUAAAAUGGGUUAGGUCUUGGGAGCCCAGGAAGGUUCGUAGGAAACGGUAUUUAUGUAGAAGGCAGCUAACUUGCUUGUACUCAUGCUGGAGCAGGUGAUACUAUAGAUGUAGACAAAGAUUUCACAGUUGAUAUGUGGAUAUAUGCAAAUUCCUUCGAUGAUUAUGGGAUCAUACUUUGCAAAUAUUAUGAUUUGGGGACAUACGUUAAUGAGAGAUUCUGCAUUGGCCACACUAUCAGUGGUAGAAUUCACAUAAGAAUAAACUACUAUAGCUAUAAUUAUGGAAAUGCAGUAUACUUAUAUGAACCUUAUGAUUGCGAUAUUGAAUUGGGUUGGAAUCAUUUGACUGUGGCUUUUAAGAGAGUCAGUUGUUCAUCUCCAUCAAACUGCAAUACUCAAAUCAUAUGCUAUGCACAAACUGAUACAGGCAAGGUUACCACAGACACUGCUAUGGCUUAUCUCGAUAUGGAUGAUGAUCCAUCAAAUAGAGGAUUUUUAUGUAUAGGAGGUACAGUAGGAACAACAUUUAAUGGAGGGGCUGGACUUUAUUAUGAAUUUAAAGGUAUUGUAGGAUAAGUAGCAUUUUAUGGUGGAACUAUAUUAACACAAGCCUAAUCUCUUGCUUUACAAUCAACUAAUUGCUAGAAAAUGUGUAAGAUAUGUCGUCCUGUUGGGACUGCUCCCUAUGAAUGCUUUUAAUAGCAAAGUGGAAACUGGCACUAGUAUGAUUUUAGAUAAAGUGUUUACCCAACAAACUUUGUUUAGCCUGAUGGUAGUGGAGGAGGGCGUAAUCUCUAUGUAGAUCCUAACUUUAGUUAAAGUCCUAUAUACACCCAUAAAGAAGGAUUUUACUUUGACACAACUUGGGCUGGCUAGAGUUAGUAUAUUGUUUCUAAAAUUAGUACUGCAUUUCCAUCAUCAGCAGUUAAAUCUUUUACAUUAGAAGCAUGGAUAAGACCCACAAAUGGACUUUAAAAUAUGAAUAUUUUUGAAAAGGAGUAUUCAAUAGGCAAUGAUUACUUGCUUUGGGGAUUUUCUACUCUGAAUUACAUGUUUAUUAGAAUUGGUAGUUAUACCGUCCCUUCCUAUUAUUGUGGAACACCAGCUAAUAAUGAAUGGCAUUACGCAGCUGUAUCAAUAUUAUAAAAGAAUGAAAACUAUGAAUUAGUUUGCUACAAAUUUGAUACCUAAACUACUUAAUGCCAUUCGAUUUACAAUGUUUACACUGAAUAUGGUACCUCAACUUUACAAAUAGGCUAAGGAUUUAGAGGAUGGAUUAGAGAUAUAAAUGUCACAGAUUAUGCAAAAGUGGAUCUUGAUCUAUCUAGGGUAACCCAAACUUCAGCUUGCUUAGCCAAUGAAAAUAGCAAUACAUGCAGCAGAUGCCCAAUAUAGUCAGGAUAGUGUAUUCCUGAUUGCAAUUAUGGGUAUUAUGUGAAUUCAACUACAAAAUCAUGCACAAUUUGCUAUGCAAACUGUAGAUCAUGUUGGGGUGGCUAUCAUGAUAAUUGCUAUUCAUGUUUGAAAACUCCUAUUUCAUGGUCUUUUGACUAUGAUAGAAGAUGCAAAUCUGCUUGUGGUGACUCUGUCAAAGAUGAUUAUGAAGUAUGCGAAGAUGGCAAUACAAAAAAUGGGGAUGGCUGCUCUUCAACUUGCACAGAGGAAACUGGUUUCUCAUGUUUUGGUGGCUCUUUCAAUAAAGUUGAUACUUGCAGGUUUAAAUGCGGUGAUGGUUUAUUAUCUGGGUCUGAGAAAUGCGAUGACGGAAAUUCUGUUAGAGGUGAUGGAUGUGACCUACUAUGCAAUAUAGAGACUGGAUUUCAAUGCAGUGGAGCUCCUUCAGUUUGCACUCCCAUCUGUGGUGAUGGUAAAAAAAUUGGAAAUGAAGUAUGUGAUGAUGGAAAUACUGCUACAGGUGAUGGGUGCUCAAAUUUAUGCAAAAUUGAGACAGGGUUUAACUGUACAGGAGGAAAUGUGAACGGCAAAGAUACUUGCUAGGAGCUAUGUGGAGAUGGAAAAGAUUUCUAAAAGUAUGGAUGUGAUGAUGGCAAUUUAGUAAAUAACGACGGGUGUGAUCAGAACUGUAGAGUUGAAACUGGAUACACGUGUUCAGGAGGAUCUUUUGCAAUUAAAGAUACCUGCACUGAAAUAUGUGGAGAUUCAAGAUUAAUGAAAAAGACUGCCACUUCUUGUGACGAUGGAAAUAUUGUAAGCGGAGACGGUUGUUCCUUAACUUGCUUGAUUGAAACAGGAUUUUAAUGCGCAGGUGGGAGUCCUUAUACUAAAGAUACUUGCAGUGAAAUAUGUGGGGAUGGAAAAAACUUUGGAAAAUAUUCUUGUGAUGAUGGCAACACUGUUGAUGGAGAUGGAUGCCAUUCAGAUUGUUCUAUUGAAAUAGGUUUUUAAUGCUCUGGAGGAACAUCAACUACCCCAGAUACUUGCUCUGAAGUUUGUGGUGAUGGGAGAAAUUUCGGAACUUAUGCCUGUGAUGAUGGAAAUAAUGAGGAUGGAGAUGGGUGUAGAGCGAAUUGUACAAUUGAGCCUAAAUAUUAUUGCACAAAAGGGGAUAAAUAUACUAAGAGUAAAUGCUAUAUCACUUGCAAUGGUAUAAGAGAAUUUAAGGAUAUGUGUGAUGAUGGAAAUCUUGUGAAUGGAGAUGGGUGUGACUACUGCUGUCAUAGAGAGGUUGGCUUUGUUUGCUCUGGUGGAUCAAUGGUAAGUGGUGAUGUCUGCUAAGAAGCAUGCGGUGACGGCAGAAAAAUGAAUUAUUUAGAAUGUGAUGAUGCUAAUUAAGUUAGUGGAGAUGGAUGUUCUUCAACUUGCUCUAUAGAAACUGGUUUUUACUGUACUGGUGGAACUCUAUUUACCCCAGAUAUCUGUUUUGAAAUUUGUGGGGAUGGAAAAAACUUUGGAAAUUACGAGUGCGAUGAUGGAAAUGUUGGGAAUAAUGAUGGAUGUUCUUCUUAGUGCUAUAUUGAAAAAGGAUUUACUUGCACCGCAGGUAAUUCUACAACAAAAAGUGUAUGUGAAGAAAUUUGUGGUGAUGGAAAAAACAUGAAUUCAUUUUUGGAUUAAUGUGAUGAUGGUAACACUGUUAAUGGAGAUGGAUGCAUGAAAAAUUGUACCAUUGAAACUGGCUAUACAUGUUCAUAGGGAAAUCCAUAUGUGCCUGACCUUUGCCAUGAAAUAUGUGGAGAUGGAUAUAACUUUGGUAAGUUUGAAUGUGAUGAUGGAAAUACUCAAGAUUAAGAUGGGUGCUCUUCUUACUGCUCUAUUGAAGAUGGAUGGACAUGUUCUGGAGGAAAUACUUUAUAACCUGAUACUUGCAAACCCAAAUCUAGUCCAAUGAUAACAAAUGCAUUUAUUUCAAAGAAUAAUCAACUGAUUACUUUAGAAUUCAGUGAACCAGUGAUUAUGCUUUCUAGCUGGAAUCUCACAAAUGCUUGGACUAUUGAUAUUUCUGGUCCUUUUGGUAGAGAGAAUUAUAAAUUUACUUGGAAUGUAACGAGAGUAUCACUUUAUAAGAAUGCUUUGUACCAAGGACAUACAAUAUUAAACAUUGAUUUCAACUGUGAAAACUAAUUAUUUGGUGGUAAAGUUGAGAGAAUAGUAAUCAAUUUCAACAAAAGAGAAUUUAUAAAAGGAUAUAGCUCAAAUUCACAAAUGAGCAAUUCAAGUGCAUUCAUCUAUCCUUAUGGUUAAGACCAGCAAUCAUCAGCAAACAAAGAAAAUGGGUUUCCUGACUUAGUUGAUCAGCUGGUAAUAUCUUUGAUUUACUCAUCAUUUGGUGUGGGAUUUAUUUCAGCAUUUUCAGGAUACAGUAUGAUGAAUGUAUGGAUUAUGACUUAUGGAGUCUAGCAAAUUUAUUUCUUUCCAAUGAACAAUUUGUAUGUUCCAUCAUCUCUUACUACUUUCGUAAAAAAUCUAAACUUUGCUGUUCCUCAAAGUCAGAUUCUAGCUUAUAUUUGUGUUGCUGGAAUGGUUAAUAAUACUCAGUUUGAAAUUACGAAUGAAGUACCUAGCUAGACUUACUAUAAGAUGGGAUUAGAAUCUACAGCAUUUUUGCAAACUGGGGCUGACGUUCUAUCAGUUAUGAUAUGCAUGUUCAUAUUAAAUAUGUGCAUUGAAAUUAUUAGAUUGGCUUUUGAAGAUAACGUAGAACUAAAUAAUUCAAUGACUAGGAUAAAGUCUGCUAUUAUACCAGGAUAUUUAACAUUUGCUUUUGCCAAAUUAGCAUUAACUACACAUCUAAAUAUUGCAUUUACAAAUUUUGAUGAUUCAUAAGCAACUGUCUCAUCGAUUUUCGCUCUUGCUUUAGGAUCUUUCUGUUGGGCCUAUAUGCUAUAUAUGGGUUAUCAAGCAAUUCAGUUUUAUAAAGAGAUGAAACAACUGAAGCUUUAAUAUCCAGACUAAUCUCACGAUAUUUUAAGAGACCUAACAUAUUUCAAAGGGAAUGUUCUAUUUUAGGAUUAUUCUACUACUUCUUAUAUUUAUCCUAUCACAAUCUUUUAUCCUUGUAUCAUGUAAUUGAGACAACUUAUAUCUGCUAUUUUGAUAGUUUCUAAUGACUAUUAGGAGUAGCUAAAAGGCUAGAUGCUUAUUUCAUUAAUAUGUAUGACAUCUUCUCUAGUAAUUUAACCAUUUACUUCUCCACUUAUGAAUGCUUAACUAAUUUUUAAUGAAAUGGGAAUUUUCUUAAUAUACAUGCAAGCUCACUAAUUCAUACCUAAAACUUUGAUUGCAUAAAAUGACUAAACAUCUGCUGCAAAACUAUUUGUAAUGAUGAUUAUAGGAAUAGUGGGUGUAAAUGCUUGCUUUGUUAUUUUUACUAAAGUCACUCAAAUUGCUAAGUGUAAAUCUGUGGCAAGAGCAAAACCCAAUAAAAGUAAGAUGUCACCUGAUUAGAAAUAGACAGUUAAAAUAUAACCAAUUUAACAAUAAUUGUCUGCAAGGCCAUUAGUUUAAAAUGAUACUCCAAUUUCAGCAAAAGAUUAAAUUUAAGCAGUGUAAAGUGCAAAAAAUAUAUCAUCUGCUAAGCCAAUAUAAUAUCUCAUUGAACAAAAGAAAUUAGAAUAGAGGAUGAAAGAAUAGUAGUAAACAUAAAAAAAUCUAAAAAAAUAGCAAAAAUCCGCUAGUAAUAAAACCUAAUCAGAAUAUUCAUAUUAUGAUGAAGAAGACGCUGAAGAUAGCAAUUAUGAGGAAAGUAAAAGUUAUUAUGGUGAGACUUCUAGAAAUAUUAAGGAUAAAAGAUGA